AUGCAGACCAUCCGUUACUCCCUGAGCCCCAAGGUAUGGGUGUUGGUCACUGGUGCUGGCCUUGUUGGGGUAUUCAGCGGCCAGCGUUUUGCCCAGACAUUCCUGCUCAGCAAGAACCCUCCCAAUCCUCCCCGUUAUCGCGAGAGGCCACCAGUAAGGCACCCCCAUACACCUGACGAGGAUGAGGACGAGGACUAG